CUGGCUCGCGCAAGGUUCAGUUCAGUCAGAUGAGCGCGCGCAGUGGAGAGAGAGCACCGCACCACACCGCACCGCUCACGCGCUUCAGGGGAUUUUUAACACAGUGUGUGUGUGACUGCGGGUGUAUGUGUGAGACUUGUGCCAUGAUGUGUGUGCAUGCGCGUGCGUGCUUCUGUACCGAGAGAGAGCGUGUGUGUGAAGAGCGCGAGCACUUAUUCCGAUCCUGACCCAGCCGCGCACACACUCACUCACGCACGCACGCAUACACGCACCGGACCGGAGACACGGAGAUAACUCACACACACUUACACACACACAGAGGCUCCCAGAUUUUUCCCUGACCCACGGACACGGGGCAGAGAGCGCGCGACAGGAAGAGUGGAGGAAUCAUUCCCGGGAUGAGUUCCUCGCGCUAGAGCGCUCCGGGAAUUCUACUGGAUUGAAUGAGGAGUGAAUGAGGAAGAUCCCAGAGCGCGCGCACAGGAGUCCAAACUGGUGUUCUGGCAUUUUCACACGGUUAAAUUUUGGGAAUUAAUAGCAGAGCGCUCGCGCUGCUUCCUGUAUGAACUAUAACAGAUAAUAACUAUUUAUAACUCCUUAUAACUCAUCUGCGCGAGACUUUUGGAUUACAGGAUCAUUUCAGAUUUGCCUUAUUUCAUUUUUUUUGUCCCGGUUUAUGGAGGUUUUGUCCCGGGCUAAAGCUGCAGGACUGUAGGUUCGCCUGUUCCCCCGCUGCUCUUCUCCACCAGUCAUAAAUGGAUUAUUGGCUGAUUUUGUGCGGCUUUUUGCUGCGCGUGACUUCCGCUGUGGAAGAAACGUUAAUGGACACCAAAUGGGCCACAACAGAGCUGGCAUGGACCUCACAUCCUGAGACAGGGUGGGAGGAAGUGAGCGGCUAUGAUGACGCCAUGAACCCAAUCAGGACGUACCAGGUGUGUAACGUCCGCGAGCUGAACCAGAACAACUGGCUGCGCAGUGACUUUAUCCCGCGGAAGGACGUCCUGCGCGUGUACGUGGAGCUGAAGUUCACUGUGCGGGACUGUAAUAGCAUUCCUAACAUUCCCGGCUCCUGCAAAGAGACUUUUAACCUCUUCUACUACGAGUCUGACUCCGACUCGGCCACCUCCACAAGCCCCUUCUGGAUGGAGAACCCGUAUGUGAAAGUGGACACCAUCGCUCCGGACGAGAGCUUCUCCGCACUGGAGUCAGGACGCGUCAAUACCAAGGUCCGCAGCUUCGGCCCGCUCUCCAAGAAUGGAUUCUAUUUGGCGUUCCAGGACCUGGGAGCCUGCAUGUCGCUCAUAUCAGUACGGGUGUUUUAUAGAAAGUGUUCUACCACCAUUGCCAACUUCGCUGUGUUCCCUGAGACGGCAACAGGAGCCGAGGCCACGUCUCUGGUGAUUGCCCCGGGGACAUGUGUCCCCAACGCUGUGGAGCUGUCCGUCCCCCUGAAGCUCUACUGUAAUGGAGAUGGGGAGUGGAUGGUCCCUGUUGGUUCCUGCACUUGCAUGGCUGGAUUCGAACCUGCCACUAAAGAAACUCAGUGCCAAGCAUGCAGUCCUGGUCUGUUUAAGUGGAAGCAGGGUGAAGGGCCGUGUAUCCCGUGUCCUCCAAACAGUCGCUCCAUUUCUGCCGCUUCAUCCAUCUGCAGCUGCAGGAACGGAUUCUACCGAGCCGACAGUGACACACCUGACACGGCCUGCACCACGGUGCCGUCUGCUCCCCGUAACGUGAUCUCAAAUGUGAACGAGACGUCUCUGGUGUUGGAGUGGAGCGAGCCGAAGGACCUGGGUGGCCGUGAUGAUCUCCUCUACAAUGUCAUCUGUAAGAAGUGUGUGACAGAGCGCGGAGCGUGUACACGCUGUGACGAUAAUGUGGACGUGUCGCCCCGACACCUGGGACUGGUGGAGCGGCACGUGGCCAUCAGGAACCUGCAGGCACACACACAGUACAGCUUUGAGAUCCAGGCAGUCAACGGAGUGUCCAAUAAGAGCCCACAUCCACCACAGUACACCUCCGUCAACAUCACCACCAACCAAGCUGCUCCGUCAGCAGUUCCCACAGUGCACCUAAUGGGGGCGUCAGCAAGCACCAUGAGCCUCUCAUGGCUUCCACCAGAAAAACCAAAUGGAAUCAUUUUGGAUUAUGAAAUUAAGUACCAUGAGAAGGAUCAGGGAGAGGCGAUCUCACACACUAUGACGGCUCAGCGCAGCUCAGCACGGAUCGAGGGGCUGAAGGGAGCAACUGCGUAUGUGGUGCAGGUCCGAGCCAGGACGGUUGCUGGAUACGGUCUCUAUAGCAACCCAACACACUUCAGCACCAACCACCAAGUGGACCCAGAGAAGUCUCUGCAGGAACAGCUCCCCCUCAUCGUGGGUUCUGCGACUGCCGGUCUGGUCUUCAUCAUUGCCGUGGUUGCCAUCUCUAUCGUCUGCCUCAAGAAACAGAGAAAUGGCUCCGAGUCUGAGUACACCGAGAAACUGCAGCAAUACAAAUCCCCGAUAGUUACUGCCGGAGCGAAGGUGUACAUUGACCCCUUCACCUACGAGGACCCGAACGAGGCUGUGCGUGAGUUUGCUAAAGAGAUCGACGUCUCCUGUGUGAAGAUCGAGGAGGUCAUCGGCGCAGGGGAGUUUGGUGAAGUGUGUAGGGGUCGUCUGAAGCUCCCUGGGCGGAGGGAGAUCAUUGUGGCCAUUAAGACCCUGAAGGUGGGUUACACGGACCGGCAGAGGCGGGACUUCCUGAGUGAGGCGAGCAUCAUGGGACAGUUCGACCAUCCAAACAUUAUCCGACUGGAGGGCGUGGUCACCAAGAGCCGGCCUGUCAUGAUCCUCACUGAGUUCAUGGAGAACGGAGCACUCGACUCAUUUCUACGGCUGAAUGACGGUCAGUUUACGGUGAUCCAGCUGGUCGGAAUGCUGCGUGGAAUAGCAAGUGGGAUGAAGUACCUGUGUGAUAUGAAUUACGUACACCGUGACCUUGCUGCCCGUAACAUCCUCGUCAACAGCAACCUAGUGUGUAAAGUGUCCGACUUUGGCCUGUCCCGCUUCCUGGAGGAUGACCCCAACGACCCUACGUACACCAGCUCUCUGGGAGGGAAAAUUCCUAUUCGCUGGACGGCUCCAGAAGCGAUCGCGUACAGGAAGUUCACUUCAGCAAGCGAUGUGUGGAGCUACGGAAUCGUAAUGUGGGAAGUGAUGUCAUAUGGCGAGCGGCCAUAUUGGGACAUGAGCAACCAGGAUGUAAUUAAUGCAGUGGAACAGGAUUAUCGCCUGCCCCCACCCAUGGACUGUCCCACGGCUCUGCACCAGUUAAUGCUGGACUGCUGGGUUAAAGAGAGGAAUCUCCGACCCAAAUUCUCCCAGAUCGUCAACACACUCGACAAAUUAAUCCGUAACGCCGCCAGUCUCAAAGUGGUUGCCAACACGCCGUGCGGAGCGUCUCAGCCCCUGCUGGACCGCAGUGUUCCUGAUUACUCCACCUUCACCACAGUGAGCGAUUGGCUGGACGCCAUCAAAAUGAGCCGCUACAGAGAGAACUUCCUGAACGCCGGCUUCGCCUCCUUCGACCUUGUCGCCCAGAUGACAUCAGAGGAUCUGUUGAGGAUAGGUGUGACACUCGCUGGACACCAGAAGAAGAUCCUCAGCAGCAUUCAGGACAUGAGACUGCAGAUGAACCAAACGCUACCUGUGCAGGUGUGAGACAGGAAAAAGGGGGCGGGGCUAAAUCCAGAGCUUACCAAUGAGAGCGCAGAAACCCCUGGCUGCCUGACCAAUCAGAAAAAACUAGCUCGCGGUGCCUCAUGACUGUCCCUGUGUCCGAAACCCUGCCCUACUCCUAUUCCCUUGACAUGCCACGGUGCAUUAUGGGUAAUCUGCCUUCCUUCCUUUGGACACUCGCCUCUCGCAGUGCAUUGUGGGAUUUCCUUACUUGCACAAGACGAUCUUCAGUACGCCCUGAGAACAGGACUGCAGAGUGGCUCACUCCCCAAAUAGUGCCCUAUGUAGUGAAUAGGGUGUGAUUUCGGACAUACACUUUCUCUACUUUUACAAUUAUUUUAUAGUUUGUUUGUUUUUAUUUUUAACAAAACUCCAGUCUGCAUGUGUGAUUUUUAAUUAGUUUUGCGAUACGGUCAGGUGGGACACGCCCCCUUUUUUCUGAGCCGUGUCACUUCUUGUGUGUGAUGGACACUUAAGAUGGAGGAGAUGAAUAAAAAAAAUGAACUCCAUUCGCUCUGAACUCUGAACGGACGAAACUGACAAGGAGAAAAAUCUUUCCAUCCAUCUAGCGCUAGGAUAUGUUUUAUUAUGUGUGUGUGUGUGUGUGUGUGUGAGUGUGCGUGUGUAUGUGUGUGUGCGUGUAUUCAUCUUCAUAUUGAAGGUGCUUUAUCGGGAGAGACGACACACGGCCCGGAGGCCACAGAACUUUUUUGGAAUAAACCAUUCUACUCUUUAUUUUAAUUUCACUUCCUCCUUCCACCUGCCUCCUUUUUAGGAUCAUACCAAUCUAUUCACUACAUUACCCAGAAUGCAUUUCUGUAUUUAGAUGCUAAUCUACAAACAGAAUUGAAACACUGAUUAGACUUCUUCUUUAUUUUAUUUUUCAAAAUGGCCGCCAUCACUGACUGGUACCCUUAGGAUAAUGAAAACACACUCUGAGGCGUGGCCUUGUCUGUAACCCGUGUGUGAGUGUGUGUGUGUGUGUGUGUGAGUAUGAGUUAGUAACUGAAUAUGCACAUGAAUACUGUACAUUACUGCUUUAGCUCCACAGUUGGCAAAUAAAACCCGCAUGUGAUGAAAAGCAAUUAUAUUUCAAUCAGCUGUAACCCGUGGACAAUUAAUAACAAUGUUUUUUAAAAAGGAAUUGCAAUUUUUUAUUAUAAAUAUGAAUAUAUGCAUAUGUGUUAUAAAUAUGAUCCAUGCAUUAUGGAUAUGAUGAUAUAUGCAUAUUAGAUUAUUAUAAUAUUAUACACAUCAUUUAGAGACUGAUAGGAAAGUUGAAUUUUGUUUCUGUUUGAUCUUUCAUGGACUUUCCACCUGUUUAAUCUGUUUUGACCUCACGCUAUUUAUUUCCUUUAUUUUCUGAAUCAUUGGACACGCAGACGGAAGAGAAGUCACCAAAAAAAGGAGAAAUCCACCCUCAUAACGAUCUCAUAUUAAUUUAGAAAAACCCUGUAAUGUUGUUGUUCUAAACAGCCUGUUCAUGUUUUGUAACAAAAAAAAAUUAAGAUAAAAAAGAACAUGAAAUGAAAAAAGUGUGUGCUUUGGUUUGGAGAAGACAGAAGUUAUUAUAAUAUUAUAUUAUUAUAACGAUUUCUACAUAAUCAAAUAAUUGCUUUAUUUAAAUAUAUACAAAUAAUGACUAUUUAAAUUCAAGUAUUUCAUUUAUUUAAAUAUGCAAAUUUACAUUUUGUGUCCGAAAUUACAUCCUCUGCAAAACCUGGAACACAAACACACACACACACAGAUCAAUAAUCCAUAUUGAAUGAGGUCAGUAAAAUAAAAAUUGAUGUCUGUACUAUAUGUCUCUCUCUCUCUCUCUCUCUCUCUCUCUGUCAUUCUGUCUCUCUGCAUCUCUAUCUGUCUGUCUCCAUCUCUUUCAAUCUCUCUCUCUCUCUCUCUCUCUGUCAUUCUGUCUCUCUGCAUCUCUAUGUCUGUCUUUCUGUCUCUCUUAUUGUAUCUUAUUCUGCUUCUCUGUCUUUCUCUCUGUCUUUU